AUGGAUUUAAAAUCAAAAGAACAACUUGAAAAAAUGUACGAACAAAUGCGUAAAAUAAAAAAGAAAAUGAUUAAAGCAAAUGAUUAUAAAGCACUUUUAUCUAUUUGCCGACUUACACUUGGUGAUAUAGCAGAUAUCAUUGAACGUAAAUUAACUGAAGAAGAAGAAUGGUUUAUAGUAGAAAAUUAUAAUGGUAGACCACGAGAUUUAAAAGAUCUUAUUCCGUAUAACAGAAGAAUUGUGGAAAUGUUUAUAUCACGAUUCCCAAUAAAUCGUAAAAGAAUCUUGGCAAAACUUGAUUCUUGUCCUUUUACAUCUGACAACUAA